GAUCGACUCCGGUCGCGCUGUCUUCGGUCCGCCGGCGCCGUCCGACCGACCGACCGGCUUAGCACGGCCUGCGAUCCUUCGCUCGCCAAGAGCGAAUCACGAAGCCGCGUCGGCUGUACCACCGCCCUGCUUUGUGCCCACCAGGCUGCCCACGGGUGCUAUAGUCCGCUGAGAGAACACUCGUUGAAAAACUGACCAGAACUCGACGGACGCAGCCGGCGGGCCGAGCCUCCCGAUGCCGUCGCCGGUGUUCGGACCGGGUUCUGCCGUAGUCAAUCCGCAGCGCCACUAGUCGCCGCCAGACAGGACGGCAGAGACGAAGACGACCGCCGACCGGGCCGUCAUCCUCAAUGGAAGCGUCGACGCGUCUAGGAGAACUCUGAGCCGCCACGGUGAGGGCGGGUGGCGGCGGCGGUGUGUCUAGUUUUUGCUGUCUCGAGGUGGCCCCGUGGCUUCGAAUCGAGAGCCCGGAGCUUGGCAGUCAAAGCCCGACUCGGAAGAAGAAGACCGCAAUACGAGAGACGAGCAACGGCCGCCCAUCGCGGGUUUCUUGGCGGCCAUCAAGGAAAGCUGUGACGUUCGUCUUGUAACUGGUUGACUAACAACAGACAAGGCCAACAUGCCUCUGGGGGUCGGAAGAGGAAACCUUUUCGACCAGGGCAUGAACGGACCUGGACGGCUGCCCGAUGGUGGGGGCGAGUCGCUGGAGAUGCCGACCAUCAAGGCACUCAAGAACCUGCCACCACCAGAUCUGGUCAAGCGCCUGAAAAAACAGGAGGACGAGAAGGGCUUCAUGAAGCAUGACGAGCUGCAGGAGGAGUACUACGAGAGCACGGGGGUCGUGCCCGGCGGAGAGCCGGGCGCCGAAGGCGGCAAAAGCUGGCGCCGGCUGCUGGAGCCCAACUGCCCGUGCUGCGACAUCUCGAAGCGACUCACUGUGGCACUGCUCAGCUCCAUAGGGUUCCUCAUCUCUUUCGGUAUCCGCUGCAACAUGGGCGUCGCCAUCGUCAAGAUGACUGCGAACAACUCGGACACAAUGAAAGCCGAGUUCGACUGGUCCCCAGAGACCAUUGGCGUGAUUGACUCGUCUUUCUUCUGGGGCUACCUCAUCACACAGGUGCCCGGAGGAUUCCUCGCAGCCAAAUACCCCGCAAACAGGGUUUUUGGCACCGCAAUAGCUGUGUCAGCGUUCCUCAACAUGCUCAUUCCUGGAGCGGCCAAAAUUGGCUUCACGAUGGUCAUGAUGGUCCGCAUUCUCCAGGGUCUCGUUGAGGGCGUGACGUACCCGGCGUGCCACGGCAUCUGGAGACAUUGGGCGCCGCCCCUGGAGAGGAGUCGUCUGGCGACGCUAGCGUUCUGCGGCUCGUACGCUGGUGCCGUCGUCGGUAUGCCCCUUUCGGGCAUCCUAACCGACUACGUAGGAUGGCAAGCCUGCUUCUAUUUCUACGGCGUGUUCGGCGCCAUCUGGUACGUCUUCUGGCUGUGGCUCUCGUUCGAGAAGCCCAGCAGGCAUCCGACCAUCACCCAGGCGGAACUCAUCUACAUCGAGAACAGCCUCGGGCAGGUCAAUCAGAAUGCGCCCACGUUGAAGACGACUCCGUGGAAAAACAUCUUCACAUCGCUGCCAGUGUAUGCCAUCAUCGUGGCUAACUUCUGUCGUAGCUGGACCUUCUACCUGCUCAUCAUAUCGCAGCCCAUGUACUUCGGACAGGUCUUCCACUUCGAAGUGGACAAGUCGGGUCUCGUGGGCGCCCUGCCGCACCUGUGCAUGACGCUUGUCGUGCCCCUGGGAGGCCAGCUGGCCGACUACCUGCGAACGCGCCAGAUACUCAGCACCACAGUCGUCAGAAAGAUCUUCAACUGUGGAGGCUUCGGCAUGGAAGCCGUGUUCCUCCUGGUGGUGGGCUACACCCGAAGCACCCCCGUAGCCAUCUCAGCGCUGACACUGGCCGUGGGAUUCAGUGGUUUCGCCAUAUCAGGUUUCAACGUGAACCACCUGGACAUCGCCCCUCGGUACGCAAGUAUCUUGAUGGGGCUGUCGAACGGCGUCGGCACACUGGCCGGCAUGCUCUGCCCCAUCGUGGUGGAGUACAUCACUGACAAGAAGAUCCACGGCGGGGACGACGCGUCCCGCUGGGAGAAAGUGUUCCUGAUCGCGAGCCUGAUCCACUUCGGCGGCGUCAUCUUCUACGCCAUAUUCGCAUCGGGAGAGAAGCAGCCGUGGGCAGAGCCUCCGCGCGAGGAGGAAGGGCCCUCGUGGAAUCCGCUCGAGAACGCCUUUAAGGAGGACUCGACGGCGAACAGUGGGACGCAGCAGCAGUCCUUCCAACGGCAGACAUCUUACGGCGCCACGGCCGAAACAAACUUCCCCGUGUACGAAACCCGUGAGGAACGCGUCCAGGAGCCGUCCCGGGACGCGUACGACCAGAGGGACUUCUAGCCGGAGAAGAAUAAAGGCGGACGGGUACUGCGAAGACGUGGGCGGAGACGUCGAAGCACCGCCGAGUCGAACACGAACGGAAUGAGGGAGUACGACGACAAGCAUGACAAAGAACGGAGGAACCGCGGGCGCCAACGGGAUACCGUAGGCGACAAGAGAGACAACACGCACGUGGCGACGACACGACACGACGCCCCGCCACGACGCGCCCACCGCGGUCCGCCAGGAACGACGACGCCCAGCACGGAGCCAAGCCGACGGCGACGACCGACGAAAAGCAAGGACAGCACACGCCGCGCGACGCUGCGGCCUUUUUCGUAACCUGCCGCGUUCAAUGAGUUUGGUUCUGUCCUUCCAUCCUCAGUUUCCUUUUGUCCCUCGCCGGCGAAGCGAAACGCAGACAGCACCGGCGGGGAAAAAAAAAAAAAGAAAUCGCCUGAAGGUGAACAAAAGAUCCCGAGUUGACCUGCCCAUAGCUACGUAUACUCCGCCUCACCAAUUUCGUGCAAUGCAGCGAAACUCGCCAGCCAGUCAUGAGCGAGAGAACCGGCUGUGUGUACUGGGGGGAGGACGAAAGCUCGCCCAAUGCGCGCCGCUGUGCACAGUGCGCCUCGCAGACGACCGCUCCGUCCGGUUGACCUCGGAAACCGAAGCUCUAGCGGCGUUCUGCAGUUGCGAUGCGCCACGUAAUGAUUCCGAGAUCUUGUUAAACGCACUCCGACUCCUCGCUGCUGUUGAAUUUACCAGUUCGGCUGCUCUGAUUGGUUGAAAGGUCAGUUACACCCUUGCUGGUCGGCUCAAAGAAAAUUACUUCGGCAGCGUGGCAGAACUAGGCACGGUAGGAUUGAAGGCCGGCAAGGCAAGAACCAAACGGCCAGUCUUCUUUCCUAGUUGACUCAGGCGACACAUAGUUUUUCACUACGCCGUGCGAAAUUGGUGGGACGAAGUGCGCGUAGAUAUCAGUUCGGCUCGGCGGGCCGUUACAGUCGAUCGAACCUCGGAAUGGUUAUCACGACGAAACGACGCGAGUGCAAAAUAUGAUAUACAAAAAAAAAGUGAAGUGACUUACAAGCAGGCCCGGGAACCAUAUGUACUGCACGAUUUGUUUCCGUUGUUUCAUUACUGAACAAAACAAGUAACACUGAUGCGCACAUUGAAAGUUAUCGUGUGGUAUCGUGCAAUCUUGGCCUCUGUAAAUUUGCCGUUAAGUUACUUCAGCGCUUAAUCUACUUCGACACUGAUUAUCUUGCGAAGCCGUAGACUCGCGUGACACGUUCAUUCUGUAUGCACAAGCGAUUCUUCUGAAAAUGAAAGAAAUUCUCUCCUCCCAAUGCGAGGUCUAAAGUGCGAUGCAAGUUCGGACGUUUCUCUUUAGUCAAGCAGUAUCAGCCAAUCAAUUUGAAUUGUGUUCUACUUAUCCGAACUACGCGAUAUCGCCCCGAUGUGCGCAGCAUGUGGAGCUCAGAGUCCGUGCGUCAUUCAUGCACACCCCGCAAUGCGAUAAAACGAAAAAAAAAAAAAGAUUUCUCAAUUGUGAGGCAGCCCGGUGAGUAUUUUAUCUUUGGUACGUUAAACGACAGUCCGGCACACUGCAUUCCUCAUUACUAUAUCUCAAGUUCUAGCUAGCAAAUGAUGGAAUAAAGAAGGAGGGUACGGAACUCGCUAGGACGUUGAUAUUCGCAGGAAUGUCGCCGAGAUGAGAUGCAGUUGGCGAGGAUGAUAUACAUUACAAGAAAUUUGUAAAAGAAAAAUGUCUCCUAUAAGUAAACUGACAGUGCCGUAAUGGCGGUCUGGCAGCUACCGUGCGUAACGAUGUCGUUAACUGGGAGAAAGAAAAGACGGAAUAAACAGUCAGGUAGACGUACAGUAAAUAAAUGUUAUAGGAACGAUCGCUCCGCCGCUCACCUGCGUAAAAAAAAAGAAGAACGCCGACUGGUUUUUUCCAGCACUCCGACGGGCUGAGAAGCACCAGCGCAUAGGCAGAGGUAAAAAAAAAUGGAAAGAAAUAACGACAGUGGUUGUGCCAUCACUGACCUCCUUCCAAGCCGCCUUCCCGGUGUGAAACGUGGCGACAGCGGCUGCCUCUGUAGAACCGGUGGCGCCACCAUCGCUGCUUGACGGCAAGAGAGUCGGGAGCGUGGUGGGUUUUAGUUCUCGCCACGACCCACGCAUCGCCGCUAGCUCUGUGCGUCCACUUCGUUUGCGCAGACCCCGCUGUUGCGCGCGGCGCAAACGGAAGCAUUUCGGGGGAGUAGUCGCAUGCCGCUUUUUUUCUCUCUCUCUCUCCAUAUGAGAGAGAGACAGAGAUAAAAGAGAGUAGAAAGGCAAAGAGGUUAACCGGAAGAUAGAUAUCCAGUUUGCUACCCUGCACUGGGGAAGGGGUGAGGGGAGACAGAAAGAUGUUAAAAAAUAGUGCGCACACAUGAAAAGAGUGACCUUACAAAACUCGGUAGUGAGCUGAUGCGAGGAAACUGGCUCGUCGUGGCGCAUUCUUUUUUCUUUUUGCCAUUUGGCCUCGAAAAUCGAGCAACAUAAAUAUGUGCCGAGUUAAAUAAAUAAAUAAACGAAGAUAGUGACAUGCGCAAGACUCUCUUACACAAACGCACAUGGCAAUCAUAGAAGCGAUCAACAAAGAAACUAUGUUCUAUUUUUUGUUUUAAUUAACAUUACGCGAACGCAGCGGUUUUGCAAUCGUCAUUCGAGGGCGUUAGAAGUGCAAUUUCUCGCUGGCGUCCAUGCACCACGCAGCGAUACCAGGUAGGGCAGUUGCUGGGAAAGAGGUCAUUCGAAAAGCCAGAAAAAUAAAGUUACGCGUUCACAGGCGAAACUCAAAAGCAAGGUAAAGCUCUCCAGAGUGCCCAAACGACUAAGCACACAUCGACAAGCGUAAAGUGAAAAAAAAUAGACGGUCUUAUUACGGGCGAAAAACAAAAACAUCGAAAUAUAGGUGCGAGGUUUAGGGGGGUAACAUAAGAACGCGAAAACGAAGAGCCUAGACAUCUAGCGCGUAGGCCCUGACAGAAAGGAAAAUGAAAGAACUGAAUUUGUGAGCUCUGCGAACGUUGUGUACAGAGGCAGCCGCUGAGUGCGUGUACCCGGUACGUGGAGUUCUCCCGCUCGGUUUCCCGUAGCUUAGACUCGUGUACAUAAAUAGUGCUUCGACGUGAGCAUGGCCAUACCACGAUACCACAAAGCAAUAUAGCGUCCGAACGGCUCCCGCAGUAACGAAAGCAGACGCAUACAGCAGGGCGUGACCGGGUCAACUGUCUCUAUCUCUCUCUCUCUCUCUCCCACCUCUGUGCUGUAACGGUCGAAGCAAGCAGGCAAGGCGGAGAGGAUCGGUGGCGUCUGGAAUGCACGAGCAGUGUCUCAGCCGAAAGUAUGUAACGCUGAUGCUGACGCUGCUACUGCUGCCGUUUUGCUGGACCGGUGCGAGACUCGUGCAGACACGAUGAUCCGACCGGCAGCGCGGGUCAGUAGUAGCUGUGUGCGCACUGAAGCCGCGUGUGAAAUCGUGUGUCUCGAUAUCGUCCCUGACGCUCACAGUGUCUGACCGUGUAUGCCUUGACGGGUACUGCCCAAACGGUGGCUCGGGUUUCUCCUGAAGCGAAUUCCCGCUUGCAGCGCUUCUGUUUGUGGCAUGGGCGGCUGAUUCCGUUUAAGAUAGUGGCAGGAGGUCGCUCGGUGGUAGUGGGAACUUCCUCUGAGGGCGAAUUAAUUGCCCCCGUUGCAAUCAUCCCGCUCGGGCAGAGGUAAAGCGCAUGGGGCGCACCACGUGUUUGCCCGGAAUCCGAAAAAUUUUCGGCAGCGCAAGCACAGUACAGCCUUGAACGUGACAUCGUGAUUAUCUCUGCAGACGGCAACCACGCUGCGAUAUCUGAUAUCAGCGCCCAUGAUCAGCAAACAGGCAGGCAGGCGGGACAUGGCUUCAGGGUGACCCAUUCCGAGUGCCUGAACCCCUGUUCCAGUUCGUGCGCACUCGAUCGUGUUCGGGCGGUGCUACAACUAGAGACUCCCGACGGGCCCGUCUACGCCCCGAAGGAUGCGUGAACCGAACCGUUGCGGAAGACAAGCGCAUCGUUUGUACUUGUUCGUCGCUGGUUGCUGCUGCGUCAGCUCGCGAAAUCAUGACGGUCUCUGCAUUGCUCCGAUCUCUUUGAAUGGGAUGACAGUGCAACGGGCCCGGUGCUGCAGAGCUUGGUGCAAGGUGCAACAAACAACUUUUAUUAUUGCUUUCUUUUUUACUUUGUUCCUAAAUUGCGUCCUCCACCACCACACUUUUCUCACUGAAACUAGUUUUCCAACUACUAUAUUUGUAAUACCCUUUCAACCACAGUGCAUUAUUCCUCAACGCAGUUGAAAUUACGGCGUUAUGCCAUCGCGUCGUUCCUUUCGUGUCUGUGCAUACACGCCAGUGCUGCUGCCGACUUCUCACAACGCGUGAAGUUAGUGUCUUGUAGGUGAUAGGCAGUCGUCUGCCACAUAUGACAAUAUAUGGCCAGCCCGAACACCUCACCAUUCGCGUCGUCCAUCCCCGCCGGUUCGAUAUGUUUUCGUUACUCCUUUCUUGAAUUGCAAAACGAAGAAACUAUAGACAAGGACGUUCGUGACGAUGGUGGCAAACGAAGGCAGCAUAUGGUAUCCCGAUUCGAUAAACCGCCGAUACCGGCGAAAAUCCGAGUGUCCGGACUGCAAAAAAGGCCAAAGGCGUCUGGAAUCGAAUUCCCGAAUUCAAUACUUCCGCAACUUCAACAAAGAACGGAAAAAGUAUGCUUGUGACUAACACGGGACAAACGUGCAACGAGGACAGUAAACGUUUAGACAUACUUCAUUGCCUGUUCGUUUCAAAACACGAAGCAAACGUGCUUCUUCUUUUUUUUUUUUUUUUUUACGAACUAGUCCAACUGCGUUUUCGUUUAUCUGCAUGCGUAGCGGCUACAGCACAUCAUCUCAUCGGCACUUUUGAGCGAGUGUUACGAAACUUUGCCUUUAGACAUUACACCCGCUGCGCCCUAUAGCUGGCAGCGAUUUUAUACUAACCGCUUUUCAAGGAUCAUUAGCAACGGCUAUUCUAUACUGUACUAGUGGAAGCCUUCCGCUUUGCCCGAAUUAAAGCACCGCACACAUGGAUUAGGCCGGAAAUAACUUUCAGACAAUUGUCAAAGAGAGUCGCCACGUGGUCCAUUGGAGACCUGCACUCCAUACAAAUGUCCAGUGCUGUCCUUGGUUUGAAUAGCAUACAUCCCCUACCAUUUUUUUUUUUUUUUUCUGGGAAAUGUGGCUACGUCUACGAGUUUCGAGGUCUAUCGAAACUAUGGAAUAACGUUUCAGCGACCAGUAUUAACCGCGAGAUGUCUAGGAUUUCUAUUGAUUCGACACGCUUCUACGCAACACCACGUAAGGGGGCGUCCUUUUAUUGAGUAAGUACAAUUGAGCGGUCGAUUAUCGAGCUUUCCGGCUUUCCAGGGCUACUAUGUUAACGACACCCUUAACAAGUUCUUCUGCAUCACGCCAGUGGACCUUCACGCCGUCAGUUACCAGAUACGGGCCGUUUGUACAAAUUCGCCAACCUGGCAGUCUGAACCACUAAUGGCUAAAACGAAAAAAAAAAAAAAAAGAUAUAUCGGUGCGCGAGCAGUAGCACCAGGCGCCACUGGCACAGUAGAACGAAGCCUCAAAACUGAGCUUAAAGCACAGUAGUAGCAUUUCGUUUUGCCCGUGCUGUUUGGCAACGGCCACUUUAUAUCACAUAGCCAUUUUAUAUACGCAGUCAGAGAGAGAGGAGGUAUCUGUGAUAAAACGGCCGCGGCUGUUGCACGUACGCUUUUUGUCCGCGCGCACAGAAUACUCAUCCACACCCGCACGUGUAAACCAUAGAUGCACCACGAUCCGACUGUCCGAGCUAGUAGUGUCUUGUCAAGUCCACGUGACGUAAACAGCGUCGCGUGCCCCUUAACGGUAAAGCGUCCUCUGCACGUGGGAGUCCACCGACCGAGCGCGGUGCGUUCUUGUGCAUUAGUUAUCACCGCACGCUCUGUUGUGUCGAGUGUGUAUACGUAUGCGUGUGCGUGCGCGCGCGUGUACUACUAUAAUAUAGGGCGUGUCUGUUCGAUGUUUCUUGCACCAGCACAGUUGUCGAGCCUCACAUAUGACGAGGUGUGACGGCCUACACCUCGUACGCGGUCACGACACAUGACGAAGCACAACUCCCAGCACAGUCUGUACAUACCAGCGGCAGGUUGUAGAUAACGCGGCGACGUGGCGCAAUCUGGGAAGCACGUACUUCACGUUCGCAGCGUCCUUCCGUUCCGUAUAGUAGUCAGCGCCAGUGAGACGUAAGUAAGCUGAUAACGUGGCUUCCAGAACUGCUGAUGCUGUGAAAAGGCUUCCAACUCGCGGAAGACGUUGCAUUAAAUAUUCGCUGCUAGCUUCAUUCAACCAUAUGGUCGGGCUGCACGAGCCUCGCGACAACACCGGCGUCUGCGUCUGAAGCAGUCACACGUACAAUGUCUUUCAAUGACCACUGAACCUAAAGCCACUGAAAUUCGCGCUUGCCUAAUUGGCUCCUUCGUUCGAGCUCGCGGACGGGAGCCAAUGGAGCUCGCGGACUUCAGUGAUCUUUGAUUUCAAAAUGAACGGGCAUAGAAAGUGACCAUGUGACUGCGGUAGUCGCAUCGGCCUCGCAGGGUGCUGCGAACGGGUUUUCCUUUGAACCUUCGGUGGAAUUCUUAUCAUUAGAGACUUUUAGCGUGUCCGCUAUUCCGGCAAACGGGGGCGAAUUACCGGAUGGUCGGAGGCGUAAACGUGAGCGGCCGGAGCGGUGUCGCCGCCUGGUGUUGUAUAGCUCAACCAGAGAAACACAGAGCUAAAAUUGCAGUAACCUAAACUACUUUAUUCUGCUUCGCUGCUGGUGCAUAUAUUUGGCAGCGGCGUAAUUGUGUUCACAAUUGCGCCGCUGUCGAAAACUUACACCCCAGCUAAGAAGAAUAUAGUAAUUGGCACUGUGUUUAGGUGGUUGAGCUUUGCACCACCAGCUGGCGCCACCAAUCUGGCCGCUCACGUUUACGCUCCCGCUCAUCCGGCAAACCGCCCGCGCUUGCCGGAAUACCGGACGCACUAAAAUUCUCUAUUAGUUGUUCACGCUUAGGUCAGCGUAAUGCGCCAUGCUGUGUGAAGGGCUACAACUGGUGGAGGCCGUACAUGUCCGUGAGCCCAGAUUGCGCACCGCGCCUCCCGUACUAAUAGUGUUCGUAGACCAAAGCUGUGUAGGUAGCGGUGUGAUUGUGAAACAUGUAAUCAUCGAACGGGCGCUGCAGGCUCUCGGCCCGGAUCAAAAACCCGGUGUCUCGCGGCGGGGACCCGCCAUUCCGAUCGUCCCACGCCUUCGAACCGACUGCUCCGGUCCGGUCCGGGGCCGCUGCAGUCCCGUGUCUCAGUGGCAGUGCUCCGCGGCGAGCGGCAACCCGCCCCGUCGGCUCGCGGAGAGGACACGUACACACGACCCACAAGUCUUUCAAUCUCGCUCUCGCUAGAAUAUCCGCUUCUACCGCGCGUAAACUUCCGGGUGCUGGAAGACGGCGUAUUGUAGUCGUCGGUUAGAUGGCCGGCCCUUUGUCCCGCCCCACCUACGUAUCUCGGCUUCUUCUGGCGUGAUGUAUUCGUUGAUGACGUUGCGUUUUCUUCGUCUCGUUAACCCCUGCACUGACGUGCCACGAGUUGAGCCAGACUUGCCAAUGUAAGAGGAUGUAGCUCGUCGACACGGCAGACGAAUACGCCUGGGCAUAAAGGUCUUUAGUCGCGACGUCGCUGACGCCACUGGUAAUUUAGCUGUUGAGGUCACGCGACGAACAAAAAGCGCCCGUGACGUUGUCCGUGUAUCAGAAGCUGCAAAACGUAUGUGGCAGUGUUGGUAACUUAGCGAAAAAAAUCCUGAAAAUGCCUCAAAGAACAUCAAUAGGCUAAGUUAAUUGAAUACUUCGCUCCUAGAAGCGAUAUACCCGUCUGCUUGUAAUACCGAAGAGCUUAUUGCUAGGUCAUCUGGGUGGAGAUAUCAAAGUUGCUAUUCUAUGCAAAGCAACAUAUUGAUGUACCGUUUUCGAAAAUCGGGUGUUGCUCUCCUUUUUCACAUUCUGACUGUUGAACCAAUGCCGCAGAAUGUAGUUUAAAGCUAUAAAGCUUUGAAAAAUGUUUAGGAAGAGGUCUAGGAAAGAGUAAAACACAAAAUGACAGAAUUCCGAGCAAGUCAUUACCGUCACUUAGAGACUUCUCGCUAAAAAUGGACUGUUUUGGGCCGCCCAAAAGAAUAGUUACGGACAGUGGUCCUUUGGGAGUUCCACAUGCCACACAGCUGUUUCACCUAACGAAAACCCAUUAGCCCCCUUUUCAAUUUGUUUCUCUGUAAAUGACAGUAUGUCAAGCAUUUCAACUCUUAGGCAGCAAUUCCACAAUCACGAUUCACAUGCAUUACGUUGUAGUGAACAGAAAAGUACAGUUCCUAAAAAGAAAAAAAUUGUUGGCACUCUUGUUGGCAAGUCUGUCAAGCUCUAUGUGCUGCUGUUCGUGUUUUCAAAACCAUUUGCAAUAUUGGAAUAUAAAAAAAAAGGAUAAAGCCACGGAAAAGAAACAUGCUGCCACAGGACUCACUCGUGCUCUCAAACACACAAGUUUUGCAUCAAGCAUUUCCAGUAACAUUUCAUGCACUAUACUAACUCAACUCGUCUAACACAGCAUACAACUCCACAUCAGAUACAUGCAGGUUCACAUUUCCCCAC